AUGAUGCUCGCCUACCUGGCCGAUAUAUUCGGCCGACUCAACGAAAUGAACCAGUCUUUGCAAGGCCAUGAUGUGACAGUCAGUGACGUUCAAGACAAGCUUGCCGGACUGUCUGCUCGAAUGGGAGUCUGGCAGGCACGAAUCGAGGCCGGAUCCACAGCCUCGUUUCCUUUCUUGGACGAGCAUCUGCAGACGCAGAGGAUUGAACUUCCCAUCGGCAUCAAAGAUUGCAUCAUUGGACAUCUCGACAUUCUCUCCGCUGAGUUCAAAUCUUAUUUCGACGAUGCUCCAUUGGAUGUUCCAUGGCACAGAGACCCAUUCAACACCGAAAUUGAACCUACUGAAGACGAAGCAGAGGAGCUCGCAGAGUUCAAGGUCUCAAAAGCAAUGAAGCUGGCCUUCAGUAACAGAGAAGACCUCUCCAGCUUCUGGUUGUCUGUUCAGGAUGCAUAUCCACUACUCAGCAAGAAGGCAUCCGAAAUGCACGUUCAAUUCGCCACAAUAUACCUUUGCGAAUCUGGAUUUUCUGACCUGGCGACCAUUAAAACGAAGUCCAGAAACCGUCUCGAUGAUGGGAACGAUAUUCGCCUUGCUGUGUCCAAGACGGAGCCAGACAUAAGAGGCCUCGUCACACGAGCCCAACAGGAAGACCUUCAGCCCCAGAGGCUUCACCUCCUCAUGCAGCACUUUGAGAGCCAGCACCAGGACCUCCAGCACUAA